AAUAACUCCACCUAUGGAUUAGCUAUUUUAAAAUUGUCUGGAUCACCUAAUAUAUAUGGUAUUUGAAGAUUAAUAAAUAGAGAUUAAUAGAUUAAUUUAUUAGAUUAUAGAUUAGCGUUUAGAAUAGAAAUUUACAAUAAUUUAUUUUAAUGUACGAACAUUUUUUCAUCUAUUUCUCUUUCCAUGACAAGAAAUAAGAUACUUUGUAAUCUCGCAAGAACUAUUUGGAACUAAAAGAAUCCUUCAGAAGAACAGUCGUUAAUCUAAUAAAAAAGAUCAUGUAGAGCUAACUAACGCAGUAAGAUUAAUUUAAUUUAACACCAUAAAACGGAGCAUAGACCUAAUUUAAUAAAAUUCUAAUGUGAUAAUAAAAUAUUUUUUAAGUUACUAACGAUCCAAUAGAAUCAUGUGUAUUCCACUAACCUCGGGACCUUCGAUCUACUAUCGAAGCGAGGUCUUAGAAGUUCUCACGAGGAAGUCGAGUACUGAAUACCAUACAGAAAUCCCGUAAGCUGCGCUCGUAAGGCAGCCCCAGAGAAAUUGUCCUUUUUCGCAUACGACGAACAAGUCCGAGAAAGACUGGUUUCGGCUCGAAUCACCAGAUCAGUCAACGAGGAGACUUCAAGACGGUCGCACAUCCUGGCCUGACACAGGCCGAUCAUGGCUGUCGACUUCAAGUCGAUCCUGCGCGUCGUGUUUAUCGGUUUAUCAGUGAUUAUCAUCGCGUCGAAUCAAGUCAUUGCUCGACCACAGCACAGCGAUUUGGAAUUUCUGCCCGUAGAGAAUUACGAUUGUUCUUCCAUGAGAAAAGAUGAUUGGUCCUCCGACAAAGGAAACCGUGAAACAAGGUAUCUGGAUGAAGAGAAUACUACAUUUAACGAAACUGACUAUGAUUUAUUGAUCGAUAACGAUGGCAGAGGAUUCUCUUUUGUAAAUAUCGUUGAGUCAGUGUUUUUUGCGGUAGCUAAUGGAAUCGAUUCCAUCAUGACUACUAUUAUCGGUACAGAGAAAAAUUUCAAACCGCGGUCGUCCAGAGUUAGCUACAAAAAUUAUCAAUUGAUCAGAUUGUACCCAAGUUCACAAGGACACGUGAACGAUCUGAAAGAUCUUAAAGAAGCCGAGCCUGAAGAUGUUAAGUUUUGGACCGAACCGAAAUACAACAAGACAACAGACGUGGUUAUCGCGCCAGAUCUUGUCUCUGACGUGAAAACAUUCUUUAGAAACAAAGGGAUCGAUUUCACAGUGCUGAUGCCGGACCUUCAGAAAAUGAUAGCGUAUCAGAAUCCAAAAAUGACAAAGGAACAACGCGAGGAUCUUGUCAUGACUAAUGGCCACAGUAUGACUUGGAAACGGUAUCACCGAUAUGGAGAAAUCGUUAAGUAUUUGGAAUAUUUAGCCUUGAGUUAUCCAAGCCUAGUCGAAGUAAUAACUAUAGGACAUAGCUACGAAAACCAACCUAUCAAAAUGAUAAAAAUUUCAACCGGACCGAAUAAAGAGGGUGAAGCCAAACCGGCUGUUUGGAUAGACGCUGGUAUGCACGCACGCGAAUGGAUCGGCUCCGCCGUGGCGACCUACAUCGUCAGCCAGUUGGUCGAGAAAAACUCGAGCUACGCUAAAUUGCUCGACAAUUCGGACUGGAUGAUCUUACCUGUCGCAAAUCCGGAUGGCUACGAGUUCACUCACAUUGGCGACAGAUUAUGGAGGAAGACAAGAAGUAAUCAUGCAGAAAAUCAAGAUGACAGUCGGUUUCUCCAGCUAGUGAACCAUUAUACAGGGUGGUUAUGGGGCAAAUGCGAGGGUGUUGACCCGAAUAGAAACUUUGACUACCAUUGGGGUGAAAUGGAAGAGGGUGGGGCGAGCUUGGACCCUUGCCACGAGACUUACGCAGGACCGCGCGCGUUCUCCGAACCGGAAACGAAGGCAAUGGCCGAUUACAUCUUGGCUAACAAACAAAAUAUUAAGAUUUAUUUAACGUUGCAUUCGUACUCACAAAUGUGGCUGGUGCCAUGGGGAUAUACGUACUCAAAACCGUCCGAUUAUUCCGAAUUAGUGAACGUAGCUAAAAAAGCGAUAGGAGCCAUUUCGAAAAUACACGGGACCGAUUAUCAACUUGGUCCAUCAGCACAUCUGUUAUAUCCAACCUCAGGUGCUUCUGACGAUUGGGCCAAGGGAGUAGCCGGAAUAAAAUACGCCUACACGCUAGAGCUUCGAGAUCGCGGCACGUACGGGUUUCUACUUCCGGCGUCACAAAUCGUGCCAACUGCUCGUGAAAUUUGGGCAGGAAUAAGAACGAUCGCCCGUCUAAUCACUUGCAACACAUGAAAUCGAUCUCUGUUAUCAAAUGAGUCGUGCAACACAAAAUUGUUAAUUAUCGUGUCUUAUCGGUUCAAUGAUUUCGACGACUAUCGAUAUCGAGGAAAGAAUCCAUCUCGUGUGACAGUGAUAAUUUGGAUUGAUAAGCGUGGAAUUGAUCGAAACCGAAGAUAAAAGCAAUUUAUUUUCCGUUACGAAAUUAUCAAAUGUACGCAUAGUUUGUCACCGGGAAAAUUAAAAUGCUAUUUAGAAUUCUGUAACCUAAUGACAGAAUUUUAUUAUUCACUGCUUGUACCAGCUUUACUAAAUAUUCCAGCGCAGAUAAUCGUGUUAGAUUCUAAUAAGUGAUAUGUAAAUAUUGUAAAGUAUACACAAAGUAUAUAGAAAUAUAAGAGUUCAGUAAGAUGUAAAAGGAAGUGAAUGGACGAAUAAAUGAAUUUAAAAAACACAAAUUAUAUUCAUCACUUCGGGGAAAUAAGUUAGAAUAUGUUUUUUUGAGGUUUAGAUCAGUAACCUAUUUGCAUCUAUAUUUAAUAGAAAUUUGUUAACAAUUAAAAUGCUCAACCCCGAUACAAACGCGCCACGAUAUGACAAUAAAUCUGUUAUCAAAUCAUAUCUAAUGAAA